AUGAAUUUCUUCCUUCUCCUUUGUCUUCUCAUCCUCCCUUCUUUAUCUCUUUCAACAAAUUCCACGUCAUGCCCCAUAGAUUUCAAUUAUGUGAACACCUUCCCAUGGGACACUUCAGCCUGCACCGCCACCGCCACCGCCACCCAAAACUGCUGCCAAACUCUCCGAGGCCUCAUCGGUAUUGGUCUCGCCGACCACCUCAAGAAAACCUCAACAUUCUUUCUCCCAAACCUACAAUCCUCCAAUUCUUGCCUCUCCGAUUUCCAGUCCCACCUCUCUUCCGUCGACGUCCGGCAACCCUUCUCCGACUGCCUCACCACCGCCAGCGAGUUCGUAGCCAACCCAUUGAACUGUGCCGAGAUUGUUACGUUAUCGGAUUGGGUCAAAUAUGCUGGUCCAACCACCACCCUUGAUUCGACUUGUGACGAAGACCUCACCGGAUUCCUCCGCUGCAGCUCGUGCCUCGAUGCCGGCAUGGCAGUCAACGCUCGGUUGGUUUCGUUAAGCCAAAACUCGACCAAAUGUUUCACUUUCACCGCACUGUACGUUGCCGGAAUCGUCAGCAGUUUGGGGCCGGAAGACAUUCAGACUGCGGACUGUGUACUUGGGAUACCUUUGUUGAAAUCCAGAUCGAAUAAAAGAUCAAAGAAAACCACAAUUUUCGCCAUUUCUGGAGCUUCAGUAGGAGUUAUUAUGUUUCUGGUUGUGAUCUUUGUUUAUAGAAAACGCAAUAACAACAGAGAACAAACUGCUUUUCAUAGAGAUUAUGUUCAAAACGUAAAAGCUCGAGUUUUGCCGAACACAGGAGCAAAAUGGUUCCGAAUAGCCGAGCUCGAUGUAGCCACAAAUGGGUUUUCACGAGCAAAUUUCAUCGGCCAAGGUGGAUUCGGGAUCGUUUACAAAGGAACCCUCUCCGAUGGGACGGUUGUGGCCGUCAAAAAGAUGACCAGUUUGGACAUAGAAGCAGACAAUGACUUUGUAAACGAGGCCGAGAUCAUAAGCAAGAUUCGGCAUCGAAAUCUUCUCCCAUUAAGAGGGUUUUGUGCAACGAGCAAUCCGAUGAAUGGAAACGAACAGUUUCUUGUGUACAAUUACAUGCCGAAUGGAAGUUUACAUGAUCACAUCUUUAAUAAGACGACAUCUAACCGAAGGUUAAGUUGGCCUCAGCGAAAAUCGAUAAUUCUCGAUGUGGCUAAAGGGUUAUCUUAUUUGCACAACGGGAUCAAACCCGCUAUAUUUCAUCGCGAUAUAAAGGCGACCAACAUUCUUUUGGACUCGAAUAUGAAAGCCCUAGUUGCGGAUUUCGGAUUAGCAAAGCAAAGUAGAGACGGGCAAUCGCAAAUUACAACCAGAGUUGCCGGAACAUAUGGUUACGUUGCCCCAGAGUACGCACUCUAUGGGCAACUGACUGAAAAAAGUGAUGUAUACAGUUUUGGGAUCAUCAUUCUUGAGAUUAUGAGUGGGAGAAAGGUGCUUGAAGAGGUCAAAGAAGUGAAUGCAGGCCCGGUUUUAAUUGCGGAUUGGGCGUGGGAGAUGGUGCGAUCAGGUCGGAUGGAUGAGGUUUUUGAUUCGAUGGGAGAAGAUGAGACAUUGCCGAAAGGCGUAAUGAGCCGAUUUGUGAGAAUUGGAUUACUUUGUGCCCAUGCAAUGGUUGCACUUCGACCGACGAGUUGGGAAGCUCUCAAGAUGUUGGAAGGUGACAUCGAUAUCCCACGGUUGCCUGACCGGCCGCUACCGCUUAGCCACGAGUCAUUCAGAUUAAGUUUCCAACGUAGCAACAUGAGUUUGUGGUCGAGUAGCGAAGGAUCCGGGGCCAGUUCAAGUCUCAACACUCGGAUCUAAAAAACGAUAAACGUCAUAUUCUAAAGGGUCUCCAUUGCACAGUCCACAACUAUCGUGGAAAAGCAAACCAAUGCAAAUCUACUUUGCAAUAAGUGAUGGUGCACAUGUCUAAAUUUAUGAAUGCCCUUCCCUUCCCUUCAUCUCGUCGUUGAAGCACUUAACACACGGGAACGUCAACACUUGGAUUUGAGUUGUAUCUUGAUGGGUUUUUGUUUCGAUCUGU